GAAAACAUCAAUCUUUCUGGCAACAACACUGUGUUCGUUCUUAUUGGAAUCAGCCAUGUCUCCGCCGUCGGUGUUCUUCCCCGACGAUCUCCUCACCGUGUUCCUGUCAUUGCUUCCUGUGAAAUCUCUUCUUAGAUUCAAGUGCGUAAGUCAUUCCUGGAAAUCUCUCAUUUCCGAUCCCAAUUUUGUAAAAUUCCAUCUCAAGAAAUCAAAAUCACAUAAUCCACAAUUCACACUAGUCACUCAUCACGUCAAAGAUAUCAAGGGAGAAUCUCCAUACGGCAGUGAUGAUGAAUCUGAGGUUGAUUACAGUAUCAUUCCAUACUCUAUACAUUCUUUUCUCGAUAAUCCUUCGUUUACCCUUUUCGCUGAUCAUCACUAUCUUUUGAACGAAAAAGAUUGCUCUAUUGUAGCUGGUUCCUGUAAUGGGUUGAUCUGUUUGUCUGGUUUUAGUUUGUCGGCCACGUUUACAAUUCACCGUCAAACGUACGAGUACUGGCUCCGUCUAUGGAACCCAGCCACUAGGGAAAUUUCUGAAAAAAUUGGGUGUUUUAUUGAUUAUCGUGAUUUCGGUUUCAAUUUUGGUUGUGAUAAUCCCACCGGUACUUUUAAAGCGGUUGCGUCGCGUUACAUUCCUGAUAAAUUGACAAGCGAUGUGAGAGUUUUUAGUUUUGAUGAAAAUGUUUGGAGAAAUAUUCAAAGUUUCCCGGUUGUUCCUUUUAAUUUGAGUCGUUCUGGAGAACUUGAGCAUGAUGCUGUAUUUUUUAAUGGCACUCUUAACUGGUUGGCUGUUCGCAAUGACAUCCCAUACACAUGGUAUCAUCAUCCUGAGAAUCUCACCGUCGAGCAGUUUGUUAUUGUUUCACUUAAUUUGGGGACUGAGAUAUACAAUAUGUAUACUUUGCCUCAGGGUUUUGAUGAGGUGCCCCCUGCAGAGCCAACUGUUGGUGUGUUGGGUGACUACUUUUGUUUUUCUUAUUCUUAUAAGGAAACCGAUUUUAUUAUAUGGCAGAUGAAGAAAUUUGGUAUUGAAGAGUCUUGGACUCAAUUUCUUAAAAUUAGUUAUCACGAUCUUCAAUUAAACUAUGACUUGAGUAGCGGUAGUACACUAAAGUAUCAUCUUUAUUUCUUGCCAUUAUUUCUUUCUAAGGAUGGUGAUACUCUGGUAUUGUAUAGUAGUCAAGAAUUGAAAGUAAUUCUCUAUAACUGGAGAGAUCAUAGAGUGGAGCGAACAGAAGUUGAAGUGCACAAAACUAUUAUUGAUGAUGAAACCUACAAUCAUUCAUGUUGGCAUAUUGCCAACGGUUUUGUUGAAAGCUUGACUUCAAUUUGUUAAAAAGAGCAACAUUAAUUUUGGUAGAACUAGGAGAAUAGGUAAGAGUUGCUUCUCUACUUGAUGAGGAGAUGGAGCUACAUAAACAUCAGUAGAACUAGAAGAAUAUACAAAAGCUAAUUCUAGUCGAAGGUUUCUUCUGGUGUGGUGCAGAUUUUGCUGUCUUGAUGCCGUGGUAACAGUGCUGAUGUUGUGAAGUUGAUAUUCUCGAAUGUUGACUCAUGGAAGUUUGUGGGAGCCUUAGUCUCUUUCUAUGCCUUAUUAUAUGGUUGCUUAGUGUUUUGUCAGACUGUAACACAUUUAGGGUGUUAGUCCUUGAUCAUGUAGUGCUUGGGUGAGACACUUAUAUCUUGUAAAGACUUUGAAAGAUAUUGUAUGAAAUUUAAUUGUGAUUAUGAUUCUAUUUGCAAAAUAAGGGAUUAAACAUUACUGAA